CGGUCGCGGCGAUGGGCAGCGCGAGGGGGCCCGGCGGGGCCGCCCUGCGGGCGCUGGUGUCGGUGGCCGCCGGGCUGUUGGCCUGUGGCGGGGCCAGCGAGUACGACUAUGUCAGCUACCAGUCCGACCUGGGCCCCUACCCCGGCGGGCGCUUCUACGCCAAGCCCCACCAGUGCGUGGCCAUCCCCGCCGACCUGCGGCUCUGCCACAGCGUGGGCUACGACAAGAUGGUGCUGCCCAACCUGCUGGACCACGAGACCAUGGCCGAGGUGAAGCACCAGGCGAGCAGCUGGGUGCCACUGCUCAACAAGAACUGCCAUAUGGGUACCCAGGUCUUCCUCUGCUCCCUCUUUGCCCCCGUCUGCCUGGACCGGCCGGUGUACCCCUGCCGCUGGCUCUGUGAGGCUGUCCGUGACUCCUGUGAGCCCGUCAUGCAGUUCUUUGGCUUCUUCUGGCCAGAGAUGCUCAAGUGUGACCAGUUUCCCCAGGAUGAUGUCUGCAUUGCCAUGACAACUCCCAAUGCCACCGAGGUCUCCAGGCCCAAAGGAACGACUGUGUGUCCUCCCUGUGACAACGAGAUGAAGUCCGAGGCCAUCGUGGAGCACCUGUGUGCCAGCGAGUUCGCUCUUAAGAUGACCAUAAAGGAAGUGAAGAAGGAGAAUGGGGACAAGAUGAUCGUCCCACGGAAGAGGAAGGCACUGAAGCUGGGGCCCAUCCGCAAGAAGAACCUGAAGAAGCUGGUGCUGUUCCUGAAAAACGGGGCAGACUGUCCCUGCCACCAGCUGGACAACCUCGGCCACUACUUCCUCAUCAUGGGCCGCCAGGUGAAGACCCAGUACCUGCUGACAGCCAUCUACAAGUGGGACAAGAAGAACAAAGAGUUCAAGAAGUUCAUGAAGAAGAUGAAGUCUCCCGACUGCCCGACGUUUCCGUCCGUUUUCAAGUGAUGGGUGGGCGGCGGGAGAGCCGCUGCCCUGGCCUGUGCCACGGGGCACUCUGCAGCAGGGGUGCUGGAGCCAAGCCCUCCUGCUGCUCCAUCCUGCUCCUCAGAGCUCCCUCACUGACCCCAGCCCUCCCACAUCCCCGCUGCUGGUGUUUGCCUGACGGCCUGGGCGUGCGACGUGCGUGCACCGAA